GGAUACCGGUAUCUGGCUCCGACACAUCCCUACUUAUUACUAGCUCUGUUUCGUUAGGAACUUUUCAGAGGAUGCUUCUGCAAAUGUUAUACUAUGCUAAUAAAUUCUAGCAAGGUUUAAACCAAGGAAUGUCAAGAAGACAAGAUGAACGUCUGUACGAUGCAUGUAGAAACGGGGAUCUUCACAAAGUACGAGUGAUCUUGCAAAAUGACUCAGAUAUCAUCAACAGGUUGGAUCAACAUUUCACUCCCUUUGGCUACACUCCAUUGUACGCAGCUACAUAUGUGAAUCAUGUUGGUAUCGUACAACUGUUGCUUAACCAUGGUGCCAGUGUGAACGUGGUGGACGAGGUGGGUGAUACACCAUUGCAUAAAGCUGCAUAUCGGGAUCAUAAUAUCUUACAACUGUUGCUUAACUAUGGUGCCAGUGUGAACGCGGUGAACAAAAAGGGUGAUACACCAUUGCAUAAAGCUGCAUAUAAUGGUCAUGGUGAUAUCUUACAAGUGUUGCUCAACUAUGGUGCCAGUGUGAACGCGGUGAACAAAAAGGGUGAUACUCCAUUGCACGUAGUAGCUACACGUGUGGGUCAUGUUGAUAUCUUACAACUGUUGCUUAACCAUGGUGCCAAUGUGAACGCGGUGAACAAUGAUGGUGAUACACCAUUGCACGAAGCUGCAUUUCGGGGUCAUGUUGAUAUCUUACAACUGUUGCUUAACCAUGGUGCCAAUGUGAACGCGGUGAACAAUAAUUGUGAUACACCAUUGCACAACGCUGCAUUUUACGGUCAUGAUGAUAUCUUACAACUGUUGCUUAACCAUGGCGCCAAUGUGAACGCGGUGAACAAUAAUUGUGAUACACCAUUGCACCACGCUGCAUCUCACGGUCAUGUUGAUAUCUUACAACUGUUGCUUAACCAUGGUGCUAGUAUGAACGCGGGGAACAAUGAUGGUGAUACACCAUUGCACAAAGCUGCAUAUUGGCGUCAUGUUGAUAUCUUACAACAGUUGCUUAACCAUGGUGCCAGUGUGGACGCGGUGAACAAGUAUGGUGAUACACCAUUGCAUGAAGCUGCAUCUCUGCGUUCUGUGAAAUUAAUUAAGGUUUGUUUCUCUCGUGAGAUAGUCAAUCUUCAGCAGCUCAGUUAAUCCUCGCAAUUUUGGGUUGAAAUAGGCAAAGAGAUAAUGCCGCUGAAAAUUCAGUUUUUUCAGGGAUGGUGGAACGAUGUGUGUGUGUGUGUGUGUGUGUGUGUGUGGGGGGGGGGGGGGGGGUGUGUGUGUGUGUGUGUGUGUGUGUGGGGGACACAGCUUGUAACAAGUCUGCAAACAAGUUGUUACAAGUCUGUUCACAAGCUGUCAACAAGUUGUGUUCGCACUGCUUGUUCCUAGUUUGUUAUAACAAGUUUGAAACAAGCUGUUAACAACUUGUAACAAGCUUGAUGGCAUCAUCAGCCUUGUUACAAGACUGUGCUAACAAGUUUGUUACAGCCGUAAUAUAACAAGGAUGUUACAAGGUUGUCAACACAAGGUUGUAACAAUCUUGUUAUAUCAAGCAUGUAACGGACUUGUCAGUACAACCUUGCAGCAAAUCUGCUAAUUUCGACAAGAUUGAUACAAGUUGUCAACAAGUUGUUCCAAACCUGUUGACAACUUGUGACAAGCAGUGCGAACACAACUUGUUGACGGCUUGUUGGCAGAUGAUCUCAAGAUGUGAGAUUUUUACGCGUGUAGAACCCUUUUUAAUGGGUUCAUAAUUUGUAAUUUUCGCCUUGUGAAGCAAACAUGUAAUAAUUUUUUUUAAAUAUGUCAAAUAUUUCCCAAAUAUCAAAAAGGGCAUCUUUGCCCCCUUGGGAAAGGCAAUGUCCCUCCCCUGCACCCCCUCUUCAGCAUCCCUGGUUUUUUGUAAUGACAUUUGCAGAGCUGCCAAUUCCGAUGGUCUCCUGGUUUUGGGGCAGCUCAAGGUAUAAUGUAAUCACGGUAUGAAAAUGGUUUAUGCCAGUUCAAAAAAUCGUUUUCCACAAUAAAUCGUAUCAUAAAUUUUUCCACAUAAAUUUAUUUUGGGGGGAGGGGAUUUUGAGCUGAGUGCCCCCUUGCGGCCUUGCCCCCCCUCUCGGCGGCACUGGAUGGGGCGUGCCAAUUAAUUACAUGAUGAUCAUGCUUCCCCCCAUUCUGGCAUCACUGCUAUUAUAACUUUCAGAUUUUUGAUCAUCUAAAUUUGGCAGCCUCAGAUUUGUGAACUAGCCAGCCACUAGGUAAACAUUUCGUUUGUUUUUUUUUCAAUUAAUGAUAUCCUGUAUAAUUCUUGUUUAGGUGCUGUUGAAAAAUGGUGCAAACAUCAAUGCGUUGAACAUAUACGGUAAAACUCCGUAUGAAAAUGCAAUGCGACACAAACGUACAGAAAUUGCCGAGUGUUUAAGAAAUGCAGGUAUUUAUAAAAUUGUAAGAGGUUGUUCGUUAUGUGAACCAGGGGCGGAUCUACCAGUGGGGUGCUCACUCCCCUUCCCCCUGCUGGUGUUCAGCACCCUCUUAAAAACUUUGGUAUUCCAUAUUUGAGUUGUGAAUACUACUUAUUAUAUUGAAACGAUUGAUUUUCGAAUACGCGAGAAAAUAUUCAAGCACCAAUACGGCGGGUCACCAUAUAACGCAGCACUUUUCUUAAUUUUUGCCCGAAAUACAAGUACUGUGAGGACAAAUUUAACGAAUAAACGUAGUGCUCAGAAUGCAGGAAAUUGCAUUUCAGGGCUUCAAAUUUCAAAACUUUUCUGGGAGAGAAUGCCCCGGACCCCCUCUGGAAAACCUCCACCCCCUCUAACAAAUCAGGCCAGAUCCAUCCGUGAUGUGAACUUUCCAGUUAGACUGUAGGACCCACUUGCAGGGGCGGAUUUAGCCUCAUCUGCAAAGAGGGGUGCAGGUUUUCCAUGGGGAUAGUGUAUGAGGGAGCCUUACUGCCCACUCUCCUCUCCUCUGCAGUAUGCAACGCUACUAUCCCAACAUUACCAUUAUCUGAGAUCGCCGAAUCUGCAUGUUCGCCGUUCUGUUACGUUUUACGUUUCGCUGCUGUAGCGAACUACAAUUUACAAGUUGCGAGUAGUUUUUGACUACUUAGGUACUUGUUAAUGCCUUUUUAAGGAAUUUUACAGACAGCAAAAAUGACAGCAAAAAUGUUUAAGUUUUGCCUAAAAGCGCAACAUGGAAAAAUUUCUUGAAUUUGACUUUGCUAUUAAGAACAACUUUGAAACAAAUGAUAGCGAUAUAAUUUAUAUUUUAUUACAACGACGUUUGGAUGCUUCUUGCAUGCAUCAUUUUCAAGUUAAAAAUAGCUUUAAUUAUAACGGUCCGCGUUAUAUACGAAUAAUUCUUAUCUUUAACUUGAAAAUGAUGCAUCGAAACGUCGUUAUAAUAAAAUAAAAUUAAUAUUGCUAUCAUUUGUUUCAAAGUUAAUUUCACAAAAGAUUUUAAUAUUAUAAACAAACCGUCGAUAAUCGUAAAAUAAUCGUAAAAACGUCGCGAAAAAAUUUCCUUUGGAAGUAACCUUUAUUCUAACACGAUGGUUUUGGUUAAAUUUGCAUCCUCGCAGUUCGCAUUAGAUUAUAGGUCCACUUGCAGCUCGCAACUGAUCAAUCACUCGCAGCUACGCGUAGGGAAUUUGAUACAAGUUUUUCAACCUGAAAAGUAAACAAUUAAGCAUGUUGUGCAAUCAGACUUUAGCUGUUGUUUUUUGUUUUCUUUCUGCUUUUAUCCUGCUAAGAAUGGACAAUCAAUAGACGUCCAAUAAAGGUUUUUCAAUUUUAUGUGAAUUAAGCUAACUAAAGUCAAGUGUAUAACUAAAAUUUCUGGGUGAUGCAUUAUUUGUCUGAAGGCCAAUUUACACUACACAACUUUUGCCCAGAGUCACGAUCUUUCUAAACAGCUGAAAUACAACUGAAAAUAGGCAGAGUGAUAAUAUAUAGAGAAUAUGCAUGAUUUAAAUGUGGUUUACAAGUAAAAACUAUUAUAAUCUGGCCGAUGAGAAAGAUCGUAACUUUAUCUUUUAUGACUAUUACAACCAUAUAUGGAAAUCUGGCUUAAAACUGUUGCAUGCAACGUGCUUACAAUCAAAUGCCCUUAUGCGAGAUGGGGCAAGCCAGCCCGGGUACCCAAGCUGGCCUGGUUUGGGUGAAAUCUUGAUUUUGUUAUUAUGUCCUACUACAUUUGACUUGGCGUUUAUAUGGGAACCAAGCUGGCUAGCCUAAGCUACAAUCAGUGACAAAAGGUUUUUGGACAGUGAUAUAAUAUAUACAUAUCUCCGCAUUUCCAAAUACUGUUCAGCAUAAAACCACUAUCCCUCUCUCCCCCACCCUAAACAUGUUGGGUGGCUGGCAAGGAACAUUUUGCGCAGGUAUUUCCACACACAACAUUGAACGGGGGGUCGAUUAUGUUGUAAAUGUGCGCUCUUUUGCUAUUUUGUCCGAAGUGUUUUGUCACUGAUUGUCAGAAACGUUAUUCUAAGCCAAAUUAAAAUUUCAGUUAUUGAAGCUAGAAUUACUUGUAUUUUAUAGUAUUACCAAUGGUGUUUACAGAUAUUUUAGAUGCCGUGUUUUGGCGAGCGUAUACAUGGUUAAUUUACGCAUACAUUGUAUGUCAUUAUUCUAGUUUAAUCAUAAUGCGUUUAUGCACGUUUCCAGAACUACUCAAACUUUGGGAACUUCGUAGUUUGGAACUGCAAGCGAAACUAGUAGAGCAAUCUGGAAUUUAGGGCUAGUAUAAACACGUUCGGAAGCCAAUGCAAUUAUCUUUAAGUGCUUAGUUACGUAACUUUUGUGGAGAAUAUAACGUCAUCGUCAUCAUUCGGAUUAAUCUCAAAGCUGUAGUAUUAUAAAGCGCACAGUAUGCAUGCUAUAAAUAAGAGGUAGUUAUAUAGAAAGCAAGUAAUAAUGGCUUAUAAAACAACUAUUUCAGAUACAACGUGAGCAUAUGUGCCAUUUCUAGACAAAGAGGAACGAUAUUCCUGCUGAGCGAUUGCUAAAAAAGCAAAAAUAUCUAAAUCGUCAGUCUCUCUUAUCUGAGAGGAAAAGUUCAGCGCAAACAAGAUUUGAAAACAUGCAAGAAAAUUGAUAGACCAAAGACGUUGUCAGAUAGAGAUCGGAGAAAAUUAAUAAGAAUAAUAAAAACUCUUCGUGAUAAAGACCCAAAUUUUACCGUUAAGCGCUUGGUUGCGCACAGCAGGCUGCUGUCACGUCAUAUUUCCUAUAGGACAUUUUAUCGUGAGGCGAAAGCAGCUGGAUUUGAUUAUUUACCUACGCGUAAAAAGGGGGUUUUAACAAGCCGUGAUCGCACAAAAAGAAAGGCGUUUGUGAAACAAUGCAAGAAGAUUCUUUCCACAAAGCCCAGAUUCUUCUGGCGAAAUAUUGCCUUCUAUUCAGACGGGUUUCUUCUGUUUAUAAGACACAGCCUCUUAGUGACGCUUUAGCCCCUAGAGGGCGUGUGUAUGGAGACAAUUUAAGACUAUAGAGUUAUAAAAACUUUAUAUAAUAUUUAUGUAGAUUAUAUAAAUAAUAUUAUCACAAGCAUGAACUCGAAUGAUAAACCAAGAUUUGAUCUGCUUAGAGAGAUGGUGUAAUGAAAAUGGCAUGGUUAUAAACACGUCAAAAACAAAGUCAAUGUUAAUCGCUGGUAAACGCAUUCGAAAUAACACCAGCACCUUUUCCAUCUCUAUAGAUGCUAAACUAAAUGACGCAGUAAUUGAACAAGUACUCAGUUACAAACUACUCGGUGUUAGCUUGGAUCAAGACCUGUCAUUUACCACCCAAAUCGAUGAGCUAUGCAAGAAGUUAUCGAAACGCGUUGGUCUUCUUCGCCAUAUAUGUCCAUAUUUGAAACAAAAACAACGUGAGAUAUAUUACUCUGCAAUAAUCAAACCUGUUUUACUCUAUGGUAGUACUGUAUGGUGCUCCUGCAAACAAGAUGAUCUAUAAAGAGUGCUCAAAUUGCAAAAACGAGCUGCAAGAGUAAUAUUAGAUGCUGAUCGUAGAGCCUGUUCUGUGGAUCUGUUUAACACGCUCGGUUGGCUGCCAUUCUACAUCGAGGCCCACAUAAACCGCUGUACUUUAGUUUAUAAACGAAUAAACGGAUUAGCACCGACUGAUAUUAACGAUCUACUUAUAAGAAAUUGUGAUAUUCAUAAUAGGAACACUAGGUACUCGAAACUAAAUUUAAAUUGCCCAAGAUACAAAAGAGAGACUGAGGGAGGGCGUACGUUUACUGUUAAGACUAUCAAGGCUUGGAACAGUAUUACCAGUGACUUAAAGAAAAGUCAUAGUCCAAGUAUUUUUAAAAGAAACUUUCUUAAAUACUUUUUAACAAAGCAGCGAGAGACGCUUACUUUUGAAUCUUUUCUUGCUCUUUGACUUAUUUUAUCUUAAAUAUUCUUAGUAUAAUGUAAAUAUAGCAUGAGUAAUUGAGUAUAAUUACCUACUAAAUGUAAAUAGAUUUAGCAUUGUCUAUUCAGUAUAGUUCAUUGGGUGUAUAUUUUUGUAAUUAGGAAUAUGGAGGGCCACAGGUUUAUCAUUUUUAUUAAUGUCAAGUGUUACCCUCUUGAAAUAAAGUCUCUAAUCUAAUCUAAUCUAAUCUAAUGCCUACGCGAAUGCACGCUGUAUGGCAGGCUGACGGCUUUAGAAUAAAAUACUGAGAAAGUUACGACGGCAACGGAUUGUAUAUCGUAUUUCCGUAUCAACGAAUCCCACACUUGUUCGCGUAAUAAUUUCUAUAUUUUCUCACAUGUAUAUGAUCGUUGUUGGGAAUUUAAAUGCACAGUUGCGUGCAUAAGGAAUAAAUUAAUACUUUGGCCUCAAAUACGCACGCGUUUCGUUAUAAAAGACAGAGAAAAUGGGUUAAUAGUCGACGAUUCCCACUUUUCCAUUUACUAAUUAUGAUGUCAUAUUUCAAUAUACUAUAAAUAGUGGGAAUCGUCGAUGAAAAUAGGAAUUUUAUUGAAUCAAAUUGAUUUCGCUCGAAGUUAUCCACAUAAUCAAUUCCUUUGACAUAAGUACAAUAAGCUAAGAGAGAAAAAGAGCAAGAAUUGUUGGACUUAAUCGCCUUUUCUACAUGAAAUGUGACUGGGAUUCGUGUGGGAUUCGUUGACGUGUCAUAAGCUAAUUAGUUAGUGAUGUCCAGAAUACAUAUUUGUUAACACCUUAAUGUACGUUAAAUUAAAACACAUCAUUAUAGAUCACUGUUCAACGUAUAAUAUUAACUCAGCAAAGCACCGAGCGCAAGGCGCAGUGUUUCUUUGUUCAUCACGCUGAAUAUGUCUAUGGAGCGGAAACAUUCGCCAUCUUACAUUCAUCAUUUCUGUGUUCACGUGAUCAAUAGAUCCAUUGUUAAUUAAAUCAAGUGGGGCGUCACACGUUGCAAGGAAUGGCGUGUCUCGCUCGAGAACAAUAUAUUUGCUCAUCUGAUUUUUCGGGGCUGGAAAAUGAACCGUGUCACCUUCUAACACCUGCAAAAAGUUGCACCACGGUAUAAGGGAUGGUUUCCCCAACCCGGCAUUUUAAGCUAUUUAUACGUGUGUGAAUUUUUACCUAUAUCACGCUUAACUGAAAUUACUUUAUUAUGAGCCGACCAGCCAAAUAAUUGGUAAACACUUGUUCCUCAAAAGUCUCAUGUGUAAACACAGACUCAGCAAAGCGAGCUACCUCAGCUAACUUGGAGAACCCGGCCUAGCUUCCUCCAUAUAAACAGCCCUGUAGAUGCAAAUGACUAUUUUCUUCAAUCUUUAGAAUUCCACCCUCUACCCUUGUAAUCAUUUUGGGGCUAUCAGCCCAAAACCUGAGACAGUGGCGGACACGGGGGGGUAAGGUGGCGAGUGGCCGCUCCUAGUGUCUAAUAAAAUAAAAGGGGCUAAUUAACGAUAGGCAACUUGCACUAAGAGGUCACGUAACUACAAAUCUACAAUGAACAUACAGAGUGAUGUUUUAAGCAAAAAUUCAUAUUUGUUGUUUUAAAAACUUUAAAAAAAAAACACGUUAAGGGCAGGGCGCUUGGUAGGGGGGGGGGGGCUUUAUAGAGGGCCAUUUGACGGAGGUUAUAUUUCAUUUUACGUAGUGCUAAAUCUUGUUUUAUCUUUAUUUUGUCAAGAUAAUUACGAGGCUUUACGUCGUUUGGAAGCUCUCGAAAAAGGUAAAGGAAACAAUAAUCGAAUUCCGAUGAUGUUGAUGGGGCAAGGCUGAGGCGGAAAGACUUCCUUGAUCAGACAUCUUUUAGGAUUACCAUUAAAUCCCUCCGCCACGCCCGUGGCAUUAUAACGACCAACAAACAACAGGAUAAAAGAAAGGGAAUAAAUAAGAAUUCACACAACUGCAUUAAACAUCCUACGAGGAGAUAGACAGCGUCUCUAUUGGUUCCUCUUUAGGCCCAAUAUUAGCUGAUAUAGUUAUAUAUAAGUCCAGCAUUAUUAAAUUUUACCGUUGUCGUGCUGAGGACACUCGACCAUAUUUUAAAUUUGCGGUUGAUACUUUUUCCCGAUGGUUCAAUACAUUUCUUGAUUUUAAAAUGUGCGAGUCCGGCAUUGAUGUUUUCCGUAAAAAUCCGAUCAGCAUUCGAAAAAUGUUUACGUUUUAGCUUCUUUAUAAGAGAUUUUCUUCUAGCAAAAGGAAAGCCUUUCCAGGGCGUGCAGGAGU